GAAACUAGCACGUUAGCUAGUGCUUACAUGGUUAGCAUUUAGUUACAGUGGGUAAAGAAAAGCAACAUAAAGUUCAUGGUUGAAUAGAUUCACCAACAUUUUUAUGUAAUUGUGUUCAUAUAUUUGCAAUUAUGGCAACCACACUGGAAUUCAGGACACAUGCAGACCAAUCAUGCAGAUAUUCAGAAGAAUUUGUCAACAUUUAUUACGACUGCAUGGAUAAGAAAAGAAGGAACCUGACCCGUCUCUACCUGGACAAGGCUACAUUGGUGUGGAACGGGAACGCAGUUUCAGGACUGGAUGCUCUGGGAGAGUUUUUUGAGUCGCUGCCUUCAAGUGAAUUUCAAGUACAUACACUGGAUUGUCAGCCGGUUCAUGAACAAGCAACCCAAGGCCAGACGACGCUGCUGGUUGUAACCGGUGGAAUCGUCAAGUUUGAAGGGAACAAACAGCGCUUCUUCAAUCAGAACUUUCUUUUAACAGCUCAGGCUUCCCCCAACAACGACCAGCCCGUGUGGAAGAUCGCCAGUGACUGUUUCCGUUUCCAGGACUGGAAUAGCUGAGGCUCUUAUCUCUGCCUCUUCCCUUGACACUUAUCUUAUAAGUCAAUAUGCUGUUGUUUUUUGUUUUUGUAAGAAAAGUAAAAAAAAAUACACCAAGUACAAAAAAAGUUUAUUUUUCAGAACUAUUGAACAAGGUAUGUGAUCAUCAUGAUGGAACAAUAAAUACUAAUAGGACCACUGAA